CAGAGUGUGUGUGGCUGUGAGCGCACCGCAGUCGGGUGCGACUCUCAGUGGAGUAUUUAUAGUGGCAGCCGCCACCUCAGGACUAACCUGAGAACCUGACGCGCCUCUCUUCAGUUUUGCUCGGACCCUCUCCCUCUCUCUCUCUUCUUUUUCUCUCUCUCUCUCCCUCUCUUUUUCACUCUUUCUCGGACGCGUCUUUUGAAAACAUCCUCAGAGGAUCGCUUUCCAUCUCCGGCUUUCACUCCGUGCCGGGGAGCUCCGAGCGCUUGACUCCCCUUGGCCAGCAUCGGGAUCAAAGACUGCUGCAUGCACACGUGUGUGUGGGUGUGGGUGCGUUUGUUUUACUCUGGGAAGGGAGCUACAGAACUCCAUCUCCGCCAGAGAGAGUGGAAGCGGACAAAAUUAGCAUUUUCACCUUGUGCAGUUUCUUGCCGGAGGAACACUGUUUAGCUCCGUCGCCAACGCUACCGGCACCCCCUCCGCCGGGAUGCAGGUGUCCUUUGUGUGCUCGGACCACCGGUCCAUGAGCAGAAGCACCGACGACCGGCUCAGCCGCCAGCAGAACGCCAACAGCCCCAGUGGCCCACGCAGCAAGUUCCGUGCCGUCGCCAUGGUGGCGCGUAGCCUCGGACAGCUGUCCGUCCAGAGCGCACCAUCGUGCAGUGAGCAGAGCAUAAGGACUGGCAUGAAGUAUAGAAACCUGGGGAAGUCUGGGCUGAGAGUGUCAUGCCUUGGGCUGGGAACAUGGGUCACAUUCGGAGGACAGAUCACAGAUGAGAUGGCGGAGCAGCUGAUGACGCUGGCCUAUGAGAACGGGAUCAAUCUGUUCGACACGGCGGAGGUCUACGCUGCAGGAAAGGCGGAGGUUGUCCUUGGUAACAUCAUUAAGAAGAAAGGAUGGAGGCGAUCCAGUUUAGUGAUCACAACUAAAAUAUUCUGGGGUGGAAAGGCAGAAACUGAAAGAGGCUUAUCCAGAAAACAUAUAAUAGAAGGUUUAAAAGCAUCAUUGGAGAGAUUGCAGUUAGAAUAUGUGGAUGUGGUGUUUGCAAAUAGGCCAGAUCCCAACACACCCAUGGAAGAAACGGUGCGGGCGAUGACCCAUGUGAUCAAUCAGGGGAUGGCGAUGUACUGGGGCACCUCACGCUGGAGUCCUAUGGAGAUUAUGGAGGCGUACUCGGUGGCGCGGCAGUUCAACCAGAUCCCGCCCAUCUGUGAGCAGGCCGAGUACCACAUGUUCCAGAGGGAGAAAGUGGAGGUGCAGCUGCCCGAGCUCUUUCACAAAAUAGGUGUGGGGGCGAUGACCUGGUCCCCUCUGGCGUGCGGGAUCAUCUCAGGGAAAUACGACAGCGGGGUGCCCCCCUACUCCCGCGCCUCUCUCAAGGGCUACCAGUGGCUGAAGGACAAGAUCUUGAGCGAGGAGGGCCGGCGCCAGCAGGCGAAGCUGAAAGAGCUGCAGGCCAUCGCCGAGCGGCUGGGCUGCACCCUGCCGCAGCUCGCCAUUGCGUGGUGCCUAAGGAAUGAAGGCGUGAGCUCCGUGCUGUUAGGGGCUUCCAACACCGACCAGCUCAUGGAGAACAUAGGAGCAAUACAGGUUCUUCCAAAGUUGUCCUCCUCCAUCACGCACGAGGUGGACAGCAUCCUUGGGAACAAGCCCUACAGUAAAAAGGACUACCGCUCCUAAAUGCCACUCUGGACACCUGGCUACUGGGCUGCAAUGCCCC